AGAAAAAAGUGUCAAUGAACAAAAAUUAGGAAGGAAUGCCAUAUUUUUAAAAAUUAAAAAUAUAUAAGUGCUCACAUUUUGCCGUGCUUUAUACCAAUGAACUUGCUCACACAAUGGACAGCGUUUGUUCACAAUAUCAUUCUCGGUUUAUGUUGCCUAAGGCUGCGAGGCUGUUGGCUAGAGUUACCUGUGUGAAAGUGACACCUGCGGCCCCUUGAUCACGGGAUCUCAUGUGACACAGAUACCGGCUCUGGAGAACGUAAGACUUCAGCACCACUGUGGAUCUAUUCAAACCUGCCUCAAGUUAACUCAUAGGAGCUUCUUCUUGCGCCAACAUCUUCUUCGUUCUGCACCACAAACAUCUGGACGGUUAUUCGAUGUAACCUUAUCAUGACUGUAAAGCAUCUCUCUGUGGAGUACAACAAGGCGAAUGAACGAGGGACCUUCUCUCCCGGGGACACUCUCACUGGGAGGGUGACGGUGGUGACCAACAAGGAAACCAAAGUGCAGUGUUUUCUGGUCAGAGCCAAAGGAAAAGCUGAGGUGACAUGGUACGAACAAAAGGGACAAACCACAGUGGCUCACAGCGACAAGAAGAAAUACUUUUAUUUUGAACAAAUUAUUCUUCAGGAUAGAAACAAAAGAGAUGGUUCAGAAAUCCUCAGCUCGGGGAGAAACGUGUAUCCUUUCACGUUUGCGAUUCCCAAUACGGACAUGCCCUCAUCUUAUGAGGGGAAAUGGGGCAAGAUAACGUAUAGUUUGCGAGCACAGCUGACCCAGUCAAUCUGGCUGGUCCACAAAACCAAGACUGAGUUCCCUUUCCUCACCAAGUCGGAUUUCCCCUUUGCCUCCAAAUCAGAAGUGAUGAUCAUUGGACUUAAGGAGCAACAAUGUGCGACCAGCAUUUCAUUUUACGGCUCUGGAAAGGUUACAAUGAAUGUUACCUCAGAAAAAAUGGGAGUGAAGCAAGGUGAGGCGAUGGGAGUCUCUGUUGAAGUCGUCAACACCUCAGCGCGCACUGUAACACCCAAAUUCUACCUGUGCGAGAAGCAGACGUUUGUCUCCAAGUCAAAGAGGACAGUGCACACAAAUGACAUCCUCUUUGGAACGGGAGACUCUGUGCCAGCUGACACCAGUCGGACUGUAACCAAAGUGCUGAGUAUCCCUCCACAGACUCCCCCUACCUUCUGCAACUGCUGUAUGAUGAAACUCGAGUACAGACUCAAGGUGACCCUCAAUGUCCCGCUGGCAAGAGACCCGGCGGUCAAACUUCCGCUGGUGGUUCUGCUGGGUUCACCAAAGCCGCAUCAACCAAAAGCAAAGAGAUCCAUCUGGUUUAGAAAGCUUCCUGGUUAGAAGACUGCACGUGAUCAAGAGAAGGUGCGUCUCAUGUAAGACCAGGAGUGACAGGACUCAAAAUCACAACACAGGGUAAAUGUGCCAAAUCAGUGUCGCGGCAUUUAUCUAAGUGGAUGUUUUCCUUUUUUUUUGGGGGGGGGGGUCAAACUACCUUUUAAGACCCCCUGAGAAUCUGCUCACUGUUAGUUCUCAAGACCACUAGAUGGAGAUGUGCCACUAAGUAAGUUGCCAGUAACAAUCUGACUCAUUAGUCAAAUUGUCCGAUUUAUACUAUUUAGUGAAAACUGUCUCCAGUGACUGACAAAUGAUGAUAUAUAAGCUGCAUUAUUAGAUCGUUCCACUUUACUGCUGCAGCUCAAGCUUGUCGUAGUUAGUUUAAACUACUUUAUUUCUGUGGUUCCCGGGUCGGAGCCGUCCAAAGAGUCGUGACAUGAUUGAUGAGCUAGGAAAGAAGAGAAAACAAAGCACUGCAACAUAAAUCUCUUAUCUAUUCUUUCAUUUUUCUUUUUUCUUUUCAAUAGUUGCCUUUUUUUAAAACAUGGGCGUAUGUUGAGCCUCUAGCUGUUAAACAAAACCAUGUGAGGAGUGUAGAGGGGAAAUGUCUCUUUGGUGGAACUGCUAACCACUCACUGACAUGAUGAACGUUCUGUAACAAGAGGCCAUGGUUCAACAAGGUCACAGGUCAACAAACCUAAUGGUUAAUCUUAAUCUGUGAAUUCUUCUCUUGGACUUUAUCUACAAUGUUUGCUUUAAUUGAAAUCUUAUUCUGACAAAAACCUAGUUGAACUACAUCGGUCUGGUGUAGUGGGGUGGUAGUAGAAAGAAGCACAAACUGGAAAAGAAGCUAAAAAUUGUGCUAAUUCACUUGAGUACAUGUACUUAGUUACUCUCUUCACUGCACCUGUGAAAGGGCUGAAGAAAUCAUUCAAGUCAUUCAAUUGUCUCCUCAUUAUCUCGGCUGUCGGGAACGAACAUUCAUUCAACACAGCAGAGAGAUGAACAAGGAAAUCAGCAAGUGCGGAAAAUUAGAUGUCAAGGAUUUCUCAUGCUCAUCAUUGUCCGUGGACACAUUUUGCCACAGAGGAAACUAUUGAACAAAGGCGCAUUCAUGAUACUAACUACAUGUGUUGCCCAAGCAGCGGCUCUUAAGUGAAACCAGGCUCGUGCUCUUGACAGGGACUCAGAUCCUUCCCUGCCCAGGAGGGGAAACAUGUUGAGCGCUAAACAUUUUAUGGUUGGGAUCCAUCCUGGAAGCAUUAGAUCUGGCUAUUGUGACACCACAUACAGCACACCCACCUACCCAGAGAGAGGGGGCGCAAAUAGAAAUCAUAGACUUCAUAUUCAUCCCUCAAAACAGAGAAGAAAACCAACAAUGUUCUGCUCUCAACCUUAAUAAUAGAAAAGCACAACAGUGACCACCAAAGGCUUCAGACUCCACCGGUCUGAUGCACAUGUCCCCUGCACUGCUGUAGUGGGAAAUUCAAAUUAAACUCCUAUUUCACAAUUGACUUGACAUCAUGUGUCUUUUGAGUUUAAUAAGAAACGUAUACAUAUUUAAGUGGAAACACAUUAAGUUUAAUUGAAAUAACAUGUCAAAAUGCCUUGGGCAGUUUUUAAUUUAUAAAUUAUCGUGAGUAGCUAAUACAUUUGACAGUGUAGUAGUGUUACAUGGGUAAAGGAAGACUGACAGCUACUGACACAACUGUGGUUUCGUGCAGCACACUACGGAUUCAGCUGAUCUGUCCUUCUACCUCUGCAUGAAGAUGUCUUCGGAGCAGCCGAGUGUCUCGGGUUCUUCAAUGAAAACAGAAUAUAAAUGUUGAGCGUGUGGUUGGGUAUGAUGCAGAACACGGUGCGACAGAUUCCCUUAAUCCCUGAAUCCCACACCUGCAUGAGGAAGAAGACGUCUCCUGAGCAGCAGUUUGGUUUCAUUUUCUGGCUGCAGCCGUGGUCUUGGCUGUGCUAUAGCAGAGCCUGCCUGGUAACCAGCCUGGCUCUGCGUACAGUGUGCAGGCUGUCAGCCAGCCAGCUCCCUGCACGCACCCCACACACACACACACACACGCACACGCACAUGCACACGCGCCACAGCCUUGCCUGUUUUUGGAGCAGGGAGGUGCGGCCUCUGGCACUCCCCCCUCCCCACUCCCCCCUCUGUAGCCAGAGCCUGUACCAUGACAACCGUGCGGGCCUGCUGGCGACUCCCUGUCUUCAUCAGCCACGGUUGCCAUAGCAACUCCCCAUGGGGCUCCCGCAGAUCAGCGGGAUGGGCGUCCAGUUGACUAACCCUCUCCCAGCUGGGGAACGGCUGAGGGAGAGUGAG